AAGUAUGAUCAAUGGUUGAUAAUUCAUAUUGAUAUCUCUUAAUUAAUAAAUUAACUAAUGGGUUGAUGGUCCCACCGAAGGGAACUGCUUAGUUCUUAAGCUUUAUUAACAGUAAGAAUAAUUUAUCCUUUUCCGAAGGGCAAUACCGCAUGUUACGUUUGCAGCUCUGAAACCCUCGACUUUUUCCUCUCUUGUUCAUUGCCCUCUCCCUCUUGUACACAACCAAGGUAGGAUGGUUCAGAACCACAAACAAGACCAUGAUUUCAACCAAACUCACUCCUCUGGUGCACCCAUGGCUUCGGGGAAUAAUAAGGCCCAGCAGCACGACCACACGGAAACCAUGCCAGAGUACCGCCUCAAGGUAGCUGCAGAACUUGGGUUAUGUAUGGCGCUUGCCGAUAUGGUACUGAUUUAUAUUUAUUUAAAUCUAUUCGCCAUAUGUACCGCAAAGGUCAAUGAAGAAAUUGGUUUGAGGAAAUAUACGGAGACACUUAGGAAUCUGCUAUGCCCUGUUCUGAAGCCGAUAAAUCAACAUGUAAACAUGUCCAAGUUGGUUCCCUUGAUUGAAUUGUUCAGUUUCCUUGUGAUUAUAUGUUCUGUUACUGUAUUGCUUCUUCUGGGUGCAAAAUUCACUCGCAUUCAUGUUGCUAUGUUCUUUAUUUGGUCCAUUCUCAUGCUCCAAGGUUCAGAUACUUUAACCAUUGGGAUCUACCUUAUAAUACUUGGAUUAUACUGCAUAUGUUGGUCCCGAAAAAAGCAACAACCAAAUGGGAAUGAAAAGCUGCAGCCAAAGAGAGAACCCAAGAGUUAUUUUGAGAUGAAUCCGUGACUUUUGUAUUAGGGAUAGCUAUGCUAAAUGAAUGUCUAUUUUGUGUUUAUGUUUGCCGAUCUUUGUAAUUCAAAGCGGUUUGGUACUUAUAAGUUGGUUGGAUAAGGAACUAUGUGUACUUGAUUAACAAUUACUUGGAGUAUACUAUUUAAUCAUAGCUGUAUGAUUUACCCAGUGAGA